AUGGCUGCGGCUGCGGCUGCCGCCGGCGUCACCGGCUCGUCGUACCCUACGGCGGCGCCCGUCCCGGCAGCGGGCGGUGCCUUGACCACCUGCAGCGCGGCACAGCUCGCGGAGGAGUAUCAAAAAUUGCUGGAUGUGGUCGGCACCCCGAACUACGAGACGAUCCAGCGCCUUUUUUCAGGCGACGCCACUCCCCCGGCCAGCACCAUCCCCAUGAUCCAGGUUUCCUUCGAACUCUUCGAGGCCGUGCAGAACCGCUUUGCCGCCACGAAGCAGGUGCUGGAGCGUACCAAGGCUGACCUUCUUACCCGCAACCAGCAUUACUCCCUCCUCCACCAAGAUAUGCUGCGGCUCAAGGAUGAGUACGCAGUGCUCCAGAAGCGGAACAAAGAGGCGGAAGAGCGAAACACGCAGCUGCACCAGCAGCGGGCGAAGCUGGAGGUGACCGUGGAGCAGCUUGGGCGGGAGGUGGGCCAGGGCCGCACAGCACUGGACACACUGCGCGGCAAGCUUCUGCACAGGGAGGAAGAGCUGCAACUCAGUCAGAGCCGCGUCGCCGAGAGCCUUGUCACCCUCUCACAGAAGGAGGCUGUCAUUGGCACGCUGAGGCGCGAGCUGGGCAAGUGUGGGCACAUCCGCUACGGGCCCGCGGCUGGGCAAAGGGAUGGCUUGCGCGAAGGCGAGGGGGACGGGCUGCAGGAUGGUGGCGACGGCGCAAACUCGCAUGCGUACACAGCGGACAUGCUUGGCCGCAUCGCCGCCGACGUUGAGGGGCGCUCACAGGAGGCGCGUAUGAAGCUGAACAUGGCGGACCUCGAGGGCCGCUUGUCGCGCCUCAGCGAGGAAAAGGACUCUGUUCUUGCGCAGCACUCGCAGUACCGGCAGCACGUGCAGCUUGCCUUGCAGACCUAUGAGGCGGAGGCGAUGUUGCGCGAGGACACCCUGGCGCGACACGCAUGCGUGUAUACCCCAUACUUCGUCGGCGCACAGGAGGAGCUCUACGCCAAACUGGUCAACCUCCAGACCGGGGAGGAUCUGGCGACGGAUCAGCGAGGCGACGAUGACGAAAUGGGCGUGGCUGCCAGGGCUGAGGCGCCACCACCGCUGCAGUCCUUUGGCGCCCUCACCUUCGAGAUCCGCCGCACGAUUGACCGCCUGUCGCGGACGCACAUCGAUGAUGCCAGUCGGCAGCAGCAGGAGCUGUCCCUUUGCGUUGACGCGCAGUGCGUGCUGCUGCAAGCGAGCGCUAAGCUCGUCGGGUUCCUCAGCGCGAUGGAGGAAGAGGUGCUGAGACGCCGCUUGACGCUGCCGGAGGUGCGCGAGGAGUGGCACAAGGCCAGGGUACCAGAAUUUGCACAAGGCAUCGCGCAGUCGCUUCAGGAGGGCGCGAGUCGUUUCGGCAGAGGCCUGGUCGGCCUGCUUCAGCAGGAGAACAGCUUCGUAGAAGAGUUGCAGCAGGCGAGGGCACUCCAACAGCAGCAACAGCGUGUGUCCAUAGCAGGCAAGGACAUCUCUGCUGCGGCGGCCGCUGCGUCGGCGGCCGGUGGCAAAGGCCAGCGGCUGCAGCGUACAAGCCUACCUGGUGGUACACCGUUGCGGCACCGUUCUGACUCAGCUCUGGCUUCCAGAUUAGGAGGCGACGGCUCAUAUUCUUCGAUGCAGCGGUCAGGGGAGGCGGAGUGGCGAAAAGGAUCUCUCAUGGGUGCUGGCACGGCCAGGGUGCCGCCCGCCUCGGCGUCCACGGGGGAUGGGCAUGGAGGCAGCAAGGCGGAGGGGGAGCAGGUGACGGCAUCUACUACGGCGAACAGGUCGUCUGUCACGUCCGGCGCGCAGAGGCCGCUGACAUCUGCAGAGUCCUCCUUGGUUGGACCGGCAGACGGUGCCGCAGGGCAUGCUGCUGCGCCCACUUCGCGACGCACGAAGAUCGGAGGCUCUUUCGACACGUCUGAGGCCCACGAGGGUAGUGCCACUGGUGCCGCUGACAUGAUAGCGUCGCCAGAGAGCCAAUGGCAGUCCACACCCAACGCGCAGACUCGCGGCGGCACCACUGAUGGGAAGGAUGCUGCAGCGAGUGCAGGUCAGUCUAUGCAAUAUACCCCAACUUCUCUCGCUACUCCGCCUGCUGUCAUCCCUGCUACCACAUCAAACACGGAUCAGCGUAACGGUGCGAGUAACUGCGCAGCAGUGGCCGAACAGGUGGCGGGCGGAUUGGCUGCGCUGCCUCUCAUGCCCAGCGUGGUAGUGUGCCCACACUGUGCGCAUGAUGUGCUUGUCCGCGCUUCCGCUGGUGCGUCGCUGCCAAUGCCUGGGGAUGGCAGCGACGGAGGCGGUGCACGGGGCUUACUUUCAGUGCCCGACACCGCUGCCCGCGCAUCACUCGAAACUAGCAAUAACACGUCCUCGGCAUUGGCCUCACCUGCAGGUGUUCGUGCAGUGCUUCGUACCAAGUCAAGUGAAUGGGACCGUGCGGCGCCGGGUAGCGGAGCGGCUGAGACCACUGAUACGCAGCGCGAUGGCACUCGGCUCACCAGCUCAUCCACCGCGGUCACCAAGUCGAAGAAUAAGAAGAAGCCCGGCAGCACUAGCGGCAAGACCGGGGCGAGCAGCAAGAGACCCAAGAAGGAACCUUUCACUGGAAGCCGCGGCGCCUCCUCGUCACCGGCAUCGUCCCGGACAAAUUCCGCAGGCCACUCCCGGACGCACGGUGCCAGGACUUGGAGCAAGCGCUCGAUGUCUGUGAGCACAUCGCGCGUACUCACGCGUGAUGAGCAGAGGAUCGGCAUGAACAGUCCCAGCAUUUACAUUGCUUCGAACACCUCUCAGGCAGUCUUGCACUCGUGUCGCUCGGAGGACAACGAUGGCGCCACAUUGUCGGCGGCCGCUGGCGUCUCUGCCGCUGAGCUUGCAUUGGCAUUGUCUGAUUGCCAAGACCGCCUCGCACACACGACGCAGGAGCUGCAGGACAUGCAGUUGGCGAAUGUCGCGCUGCAGGCCCAACUGGUCGCUGCCCUUGCCGCUGCGGCGGCCACCGCACCAGCACUGGGGCCGUCGAUGCCUGCUGACCUCGACAAUACCGCAGAGCCUAACAGCAGCGCAGGUGCUACGGGCCCCGUUGCAGGGUCGGCGGCGACACAGAAGGCGGCCGGAGGUCACCAGGCGACGCCGAACUUGCCGGUAUCCCCGGGCAAGAAGGUGCAUGAACACGGCAAGCCGACGACGACGAUCCUCCAGACAGCAUCAAACAGUCCCCACUCGGGUCCCGGCGCCGCCGAGGAAGCUGUGCGUGCGUCCGGCGAGGUUGUGGAGAUCGACCAGGUUGCCACCUCCGUCGACCGCAAGCCGCACUACCGCAGCGGCUCUGCUUCACCGACGACGCAACACCAAUCCAUGCAUGCGGGUGCGCACAGGGGUGGGGCUGCGAACCGUGACGGCGUCGCCAGAGCCUCCACUGCUGGUGCACCGUCUGGCGGCAAAGACGGCCUCACUGACGAGAGCGGCGGCGCUGUCCCGAAUCACUACACACACAGCUUGCCAUCAACGGCAUCCUCACCAGCAUCCACCUCCUUCCCAGGUCUUUACAGCGGCACUGCGCGCCCCGUCGCUCACACGGUCGAGGUACCGGGCACCACUGACAGCACUUUGAUGCUCGGUAUCGCUGCAGCCAGAGCAUCUCAGUCGACGACAGCGUUGCAGCAGUCCUCCAGCACCGCUGCAAGGGCGAAGCGCGACCCCACUGCGAAUGCGGAGGCGAUGGACGGCGGUGCAGAGCAGAGCCGCGGCGGCAACACAGCCGGCGGGGCCACUUCCAUUCACAACAGCAACACCAACGCAUUUCGCCACGAACGGCCAUCGCCGCUCGUGUCACCUCCGCCGCAGGGUCACUACGCAAAGCGUGCCAAUGGCGGUCUCGCGGCCGCGUCCGCUACGCAGUCGCAGCACGGGAACACAUCGACACUGGUACCGGUGUGGGGUUCCGCGUGUCUGCCCGUGCUGAACCGUCGCCCUCAUGCACUGACAGGGGCCACAGCCUCGAGCACAGACGCGACCGGCUCUGCCGCCCUGCACCGCGCCAUCGCCUCUGCGGUAUCCAUUCCUCACAAGACGCAGACACUGGGGCUGGUGAUCACCAACUCGCGCGUCACCGGCGCCGCUGCAAUGCAGCCGGAAAAGGUCGAACCUGGAGGGUAUACGGUCAGCGCCACCAAAGACAAGGGCGGCAGUCACGCAAACAGCGUCGGAGACCACACUGUCGCCUUCAAGUUGCCCUCCGCGUCACCGCACUCACUCACGAGAAGAUUUCGCAAGUGUGCCUUGCCAUCACUGCCACCACUCUCCUCCUCGCAGGUGCCGUUGCAGCAGCACCUGUGGUGCACCCACGCGUCGUCUUCUAAAAGCGGGCGCCUGCCGACUUCGAGCACCAGAGGCUCUUCUCCUGUGCCCAUGUCGGCUCUACCCACUGCCGUGGAGGCUGGAGCCGAAUGUUCGCACCAGACCCUCGCCACCGUCGCCGCUACUACUUCUGCUCCUGCAUCCUGGCGCUCUGUGUUGGGGUCGAACAUUGUCUCCUCGAGCCUGCCCAGCGUCUCUCCCUCGACGAUGCCGCAGCAGUCGGUGUCCGCGUGGACGUCCAGUCCUAUCUCGCCCGCGGUCGCUACCUCCAUCGCUGCUACAAUCAAUAUUGGGAGCGAUGGGUCGGCGCAGCUGUCUACGAACCCCACUUACCCGCCUGCGGCGGCAACGGCGCUGAACAAGCAUCAGCAACGUAAGAUCGCCUAUCAGCAGCUGCGCCUCUGCUUCAGUCAAGGCGCCUCGCCGCUGUACAGUGGCCGCGGCGGCGCUCAGCAGCCGUCUGCGGCGGUGGGGGCCGGGAGUUAUGUUCAGGUUGCCGGGUGGCCGCGCGGCGGCACGUGGUACGCGAAACGCAACACUGGCACUAGAGGCAGACUGCGCCAAGUGAUGGCAAGACUGGUGCGCGGCACUUGGGUGCGUGGUCACUUGUACGAGGCACCCAUCUUCGCUUCACCUGCCAGCGUGCCGCUGAGUGACACAAAAACGGCCUUCUGCCUCAUUGUGGGAGGGCACGGUGUCCACUCCCACUUUAGUUCUCCCUGUACCGCCUCGGGACAUCCGGCGGCGCGCACAUGGCAGGAUGCGUCGGCUCAGUCGCUACCGUGCGCUAGCGGCGCCCCAAUCCCACAGGCGCUCACGUACUUGGCAACACCGGCUGAGACACAGCGCCAGUGGUCGUCGAAGAGGUUCGGGCGGAGCAAUCAUGGCCCCUUCGCCCUCCCCGCAUCAAGCGCAGCGGACACGACGGCGCGUCGUUCGUGUCAGCGCAAGCUUCGAACGUGGCAACAGCAGAAACGGUGGCACAUCCGUCAGUCGCGCGACGCUGCCGCCGCCGGGAAGCUUGGCCGCGUUUCGUGUGCAUCCGCCACGGAACGGGUGGCGGGCUCGGCAGAAGGCUUAAACAUGCAGCAGCUGCCACUCACGCUUGCCCAGCGGCGUGCUGCGCACCUGUCCCAGUUCCAGUUUGCCGCCCCCUCUGCGACUGCCAUUCAGCCGGUCCUCUCUACGCGGCAACUGGCAGCCUCCGACUUUGUGUCGUCUUUUGUGCACACACGCAAGCAGCGCCGCAACGCUUGCCCAGCGCUGCACCUCGCAAAGCGAGACCCAAUGCAGCGGGCCGUGAAGCGCACAGUGUACACAGUGAGCGCUGCCAGUUCUCGGUCAAGCCUGUCCGAUGUUUUAACUAGUACUCUUCCAGAAGAGGUGCUCACGCCGCUGCUGCCGUCCUAUCACUAG